GCGAUCAUGCAAAGCCCUAGCACACUGUGUGUCGCCUCUGCAUCCACCCAACCUGUUGAGCAUGGUUGGGCAUACCUCCCGGUUGACCUGCUCGAAUCCAUUAUUGCUCUGUCAGGAUCCUUCCGUGACCUUCUUGCCUUCGCCGCGACCUGCCGCUCUUGGCGUGCUGCAUUCUCCUCAUACCCAUCCAAAUCUUCCUUCUGUGCCAAAUUCCCACCUCUCCUUGCCCAAUUCAAUGUUCGUGUUCAAGGUCCUGAUCUUCCUUCUAACAAUGGUCGUCACGAGCUGUACACAUGUAAGGUCAUUGAUCCGAUGAACAAGAACGUCGCCCUUCGCUGCCAGAUUCCUCUAGAAAUUUAUCAGGAUACACAUUUCGUUGGAACUUCCUAUGGUCAACUAAUUUGCUAUUGUGUUGGAUAUUGUCUUCUUGUGGAUGUGUUCAGUGGUGCUGAGGUUUCAGCUCCACGUCUCCCAUUCAAUCACAAUUUCGACGGGCGCUACUUCAGCGGCACUCUUACAGCUCCCCUUGCAUCACCCAACUCACACCUCCUUGUCUGCACCGUAAACUCCCUGUUUGAUUGGUCAGUUGGAAGUAAAUCUUGGUCUAAGCUGCAGCUUCCUAAUGCAUGUAUAAUACAGAUUGUGAAAUUCAAAGGUCAGUUCAUUGCCAUGGAUGAUUGUUGUAACAUCUACACUUUGCAGCUGUCCCCACAGCUUGGUCUGCAGAAGGUAACAACUGAAUUGGCGGAAUAUUCACUCGCACAUGUGGAUUCGUGGCUAGUGGUCUGUGGUGACAUGCUUCUCAUGGUCAGGGUGCAUCCAUACUUGUCAGUCGUAAAAUGUAUACCCUACCACCUUGACAUUUCAACCAACCCUGCAAAAUGGGUGGAGGUAAAGCAGCUGGAUGAUUGGGCACUCUUUGUUGGGGGUGAUGUGAGGAGCCAGCCAUUUUCUUGCAUGAGCCCUGAAAGAUGGGGAGGGAGCAGCAAGCGGUUGUACUAUGCAGGCCGCCACUCUUUUGUCUUACAUGGAUUGGGUGACGAGCUAGAUCCAUCUUCCGGUUAUGAGUACAAAAGGAACUCGUUCAGCGAGCUACAGCCCCUCUGGGUGUACCCAAGCAUGUUCUACUCGGACAUCCAGUGAUCAUCUCGUGCCACUGCAGGUUGCUGCUCUACGAGCUCCUGACGAAAUUUUCCCCUCGCAACACAGAGCAGGGAAUUUUGCAACUUGGGCGGUACCAUUGUAGCAUUAGUCACUUCAGAGCUUGGUGGGAAUAGUGCUGAAGCUUGUGCACUCAGUUUGGUAACCCAGUAUGUAGAACCUGGUAUUAAUGUUCAGAGCUUGUUAGAAGUUGUCGCGCUUCCAGGUUAUUGUUAAUUGAACUAUGUUGUUUAAUUAUGCACUUUAUGAUGUGUAGUACUUUGAAGUACCUGUUGCUUGUCUCUGCUCAUACGACUGAUAAGUUUGAAGCUUCUAGACUGCAUUUGCUUAAUUUCGCCCUA